AUGGGAGAAGACAACCGACGAAGAAGAUCCUGCAUAUCCGUCACUAAAAUAAUGCACGUCCAAAGGAAAAGUGACUCCCAGCAUUUAGCACUUCCAAAAAUUUCCAACCCUCGGCUACGACUUGGCUCAUUAAAUUCUUCGCUGGACUGUACCGAAUUUUCUUCACCAAUUCAAAAAUCCUGCGCAGAAGGAUACAUUAUGUUGGGACAAGUCCCAACGAUAAAAGAAGGAAUUGACAGAAUUAUUGAGGAAUGUGACAACUAUGAUCCUAUAAGCAAAACCAUUCUAAUGAAUGAAAUUAUAACCCAGAGCUACUUUUAGCUUGCCGACUCUAUAGAAUUGGCUUUAAAAUUAUGUUUUCUGAGUCAACCAAGAGAAGAUUAUCGUUCAAAGCAAGCUAAAAUCAGCCCUGGGGUAUACUAAAAGUGAAGCAGAAAUAAAAGAAGUUAUGAAAGAACUUAAAAAGCUGGAUUUGCCAGAUAUUAGGAAAAAAUGAAAGAAAAAAAAUCCGAAUGAAGUUUGUAUUAAGAGAAAAGAUAUGAAGAAAAUUAUAGCAGGGCUUAGAAGAGAAAUUAAGCUUGGCUAUGAAUAA